CUACAGUACUUCAACUCCCAUUGCAAAACACAGCACUGGUAGCAAACCUCAGGUCUUAAUGUGUGAUUUUGUUUUUCGUGUCAUUGGUAAAUGGGGGAAGAAGUGGAAAUGAAAAACCCAACUUAUCUGUUUGGUGGUUUACUGUUUCUGAAGUCUGUCACGCAGCCCUUGCUCGUUGAAUAGAGACUGCAACUCCUUGCUUGCGAGUGGAUUGCAUGAUUCAGGUUGUGGACUGCAGCCAAAGGUGAGCUCCUACCAGGUCACACGAGGGAACUCACUCCUGCCCGGCGGAUUACAUGACACGCUACGGAAUGAAGACGUCAGUGUGAAACCAGAGGUUUCUGUUUUUUAAACCAGACUCAAGUGCCAUCGACAUUCUCCUAAUAACCGGAUCAAUGCCACACCUCCUAACCACAGAUGACUCUUUCAGCUCCAAACAGGAGCUGCUCGACCUCAAUGACAGCCCGGAGAAAGUGGCCGGAUUGUCUUUGGAGACGCCCAGCCUGGAGGAGUCACCAGGUGGCUCAACGGACAGUGGAGCGCUGGAUUUUGACUUGCCAAGCCCCACCAUUGACACUUCUCAGACUAAAAUCUUCCUCAACGGCAAGCUGGAGAGCCAGCAUGGAGAAGACGACCCACGUGGAAUCAGAUUCGUGCCUAAGGAGACAGAGGACCUCUGUGGAUGGGGUGCCCUGAAGCCCCGCUGUAUCCAGGUGUUCAACACCCCCAAGUGGGUGCUCUUCUUCCUCUGUGUCGCCUCUUUCCUGCAAGGCAUGAUCAUCAACGGCUUCAUCAACACCGUCAUCACCUCCAUUGAGCGCAGGUUUGACCUGCGGAGCUACCAGUCCGGACUGAUCGCCAGCUCCUAUGACAUUGCAUGCUGCAUCUGCCUGUCCUUCGUCAGCUACUUUGGCGGAACAGGCCACAAGCCCAAGUGGCUGGGCUGGGGGGUAGUGGUGAUCGCAAUUGGGUCCCUAGUGUUCGCCCUGCCUCAUUUCACCACUGAGAGCUACAAAGCGACCAUGUCGGAGCAGACAGGGCUGUGCUCAGCCAAUCAGACAGCCCCCUGUAAGGAAAGCACCUCCAGCCUCUCUAACUACAUGUACGUGUUCAUGCUGGGGCAGUUUCUGCACGGCAUCGGGGCCACCCCUCUCUACACACUGGGGGUGACCUACCUGGACGAGAAUGUCAAAUCCAGCUAUGCCCCGGUUUAUAUUGGUAUUUUCUACACGUCUGCUAUUAUUGGGCCAGCUGCUGGCUAUUUGCUAGGAGGUCUUUUCCUCAACAUGUUUACAGAAUUCCAUGAAACGACGCUGACCCCGGAGGACCCCCUGUGGGUGGGGGCCUGGUGGAUCGGGUUCCUGGGUGGGGGAGCCGCUGCACUCCUUGUUGCCUUACCCAUCCUCGGGUAUCCACGACAGCUGCCAGGCUCCCAGCGUUACGUGGCUAUGCGAGUCUCAGAAGCUUACAAAAUUAAAGACAGCAGCCAAGAAACAGACCCCCAGUUUGGAAAAUCAAUCAAGGAUAUGCCAAGGUCAAUGUUACUCCUGCUGAAAAACCCCACGUUCAUCUUCCUGUGUUUGGCUGGGGCCACCGAAGCCAAUCUCGUUGCUGGGGUGUCGACGUUCGGACCCAAGUUCCUGGAGUCCCAGUUUAAUCUAAGCGCCUCUGAGGCUGCCACCAUGUUCGGUUACAUGGUUGUACCAGCAGGGGGAGGUGGCACGUUCAUGGGCGGAUACAUUAUAAAGAAGUUGAAUCUUCGCUGUGGAGGAAUCAUAAAGUUCUGCCUGCUCUGUGCGGUCGUUAGUCUGCUGGCCAUAUUCAUAUUCCUCAUCCACUGUCCCAACGUGCCCAUGGCUGGAGUCACAGACCCAUACUUAGGGGGCCCCGCCUCUGAUGGGCCCCUGAACCUCACAGCUUUCUGUAACUCCGAGUGUAACUGCGUCAGGGAGUUCUAUAACCCUGUGUGUGGAGACGAUGGCUACAUGUACUACUCCCCCUGCCACGCGGGCUGCAGCACCGUCGACCAGACGCUCAGCCAAGCUGGCAAAAAGGUGUACUAUGACUGCAGCUGUGUGUUCAGGAACCUCUCCUCUGUGCCAGGAGGGGCCGUCUCGGGGAAGUGUAGCUCCUCUUGUGAGCAAAUGCCCGUCUUCAUGGUCUUCUUCUUCGUCGUCAUGCUCUUCACUUUACUCAGCAGCAUCCCAGCUCUCACGGCCACCUUGAGGUGCGUUCCAGAUAAACAGAAAUCGUUCGCCCUGGGAAUUCAGUGGAUCAUCAUCCGAGCACUAGGCGCAAUCCCAGGUCCGAUUACCUUCGGUUCAGUCAUUGAUAACUCCUGUAUGCUGUGGCAAGACCAAUGUGGGGAACAAGGAUCCUGCUAUCUGUACGAGAACUCAACCAUGGGUGUGUACACCCUGACAGCUGGGGUCAUAUACAAGGUUUUGGGAUCGUUCUUCUUCUUCAUGGCCCUCAUGCUUUACAAGCAUCCCGGGUCUCCUCCGAGCAGCUCUGGAAACACUGACAAUGGAGAAGCAGGGGAGAGUGACCCCCCGGUAAAGGACAUUCCUCCGGAGAUGCUGUGCAGUAUAAAUACCAAGCUGUGAACCCCCUUCUCUCAUUCAGCUCCACUCCCCGCCGCACUCUCACCCUGCAUGACAUCAUUCCACAAGAACAUAACUGGUGAUACAACUGAACAAUUCAUCCAGGAGGGGUUUUGAACCCCACUGUAUUAUAACUGAUCCUGUUAGAACAGAGUUCCAUUUCCAACGUAUUGAGGAAGCGUGUCCCUGCCGAACAACAUGCGUUUUAAUGGGGGAAAACAGACUCGUUUAUAACAUAUAUACUGUUUAAUACGUACAGUUUUCCUGUUCCAUAGGCAUGGAACAACAGUUCCAGUCUUGCAUAGUGCUUUUGCAUAAGACGACUUACAUUUCUGUUUUGGUAUUUAUGUGCUUUAAAUAUGCAUGUCAUGUAUUUAAUUGAGCCCCAGGUUUAGUUUCAUUCUGUUAUUCUACUAAUUCCAGUGCUGUUUAUACCAUGUGUGGUACAUGCACUAAGAAAGUUGAAUUGUAGUUUAUGUUGACUAUGUAAGAAGUCGUUUCACAGGUACGGUUUACUUUUCUCUUGAGGUGAAAGCACUUAAGAUACAAUCGACAGUAAGACACCCUGUACUGUAUAUGUAUUAUGCAACAUGGACUGGUUUCCCAGCGUGGGGAUUAACAUUCCUACAGUACACCUUCUUUAAUACACUCUGUAGCAAUGCAACACGCUGCAGACUCGUGUUAGAGUGAAGAGGAGAGGUGUAGGAAGCUGCUUUGUUUUAGUAUGGGAUUUCAUGCACUCAAAUCUUUUUAAAAAUGAGACAGAGAAAGUCGGACAAUGAACCACUCCUGCAGUACAUGCACCACUAAGGACACAGAAUCUUCUUCCCCUAAUCAUGACUUUAUAACACUGUUCUCUGCCUGUGCUGACAGGUCUGGAUGCAUUUCCCAAUGCUAAAUAAAAUGAACUGUGUGUUGCCCAAUAUGUGCUGCACAGAGUACAGCAGUGUGCAUAAAAGAGAGAAAAGUUCAUGCGAGUUGAUUUGAGUUGGUACUGCUUUUAUAUUUUAUUUCAUUAGACUAACAGUUCUAUACAAACACUAUCUUUAAAGACCUCAAAAGUCUCUUCCUCAAUGGAAAUAUAACGAAACUGGUGCUAUCGUCGUCACAUUCGCAUAUCGGAACAAUUGUGAUCAUACAGAAAAAGACUUUGCUUUCCUAUAGUAACAGGAAUAGUGACAUGACAACAGUAGCAUUGGCAUGAACUGGGGUAGCAGACUGAGCUAACAUAGGUUCCAAUAUGAUCGUAAAGUAGGAACAGUUUUUAUUACAUAGUGGGUCAGACAGCACUUUUCUCUAAAUCUCUGAUUCACAGCUUUAGAAUAUCAUGGUUAUACCAAUUCGAAUGCUUUAAAAGAAACUGGAUCAAAAACAGAAGAAAAAAAUUGUAUUUAAAACAAUAUGUUGAAUUUCAAAUGAAAAAAAUGAAAUACUAUAUUGUGGUAAUUAACCUAUGCAUAGAAAUAAAGUGUAAGUAAAGAAAAUUGCUUAUUUUAACCAAUAAAUGAAACUGUUAUUUUAACUGAAAGACAAAAGUAGGAAUGUGCCAAUAAUGAACCGGCAUCUCUUGAACCAAUUUACUAAACACUGUAUUGCGGUAAACCAUUAAAGAAAAUAGCUAUAACUAGGGAGUUUGAGAGGGAAAUGCAUGUUUGAUAAACAUCAAAUCAGAAUAUCUUCAGUGGAGAGUAGUAAUGGGGAGAGUAUGAUUAUGUGUUGAACAGAGCUCUGUCUAAAUCGCUGGCAAACUUAACAAAGGAUUCACCUGAACCACAGAAGAAGCUCAUAUUCAGAAAACAGUAUUGCACAUUCAAAUUUGUAUUUUAUAUUAAUGUUUUGUACUAAAUGUAAAAUCCUUUACUAUAUGAUUUCUUCUGUGAGUGUUUAAUAAAUCUGACUAAAGCAUCAAUGAACACAACACAAGUCUUGCUUGGCAGUUUUAUUUUUUUAGAAAACCCUUUUUAUUUGACCAUUGCUGGAGUUCGUGCUAAUGCACUGCUGUUAAGAGAAGCGGCGGGGGGGGGGAUGUUAAUAGUCACUGACAGUGUGGGGGCUGUUGCCAGUUCACUUAGAAACUAAAAGUUCACUUCACCAGAUCUUUUCAGAUAAUACCCACCCAACCCCUCCGAACCAUCCCUCUUAUCAUUCCAACUGGAAACAUUACAAUUGAAAUAACCCCCCCCCCCUCAUUCAUAUUGCAUGCAGUGUAUAGUGAAUGCCUUCGUUUCCUUCUGAAUCUCAUGCUGUUUCAAUAACUGUCUCUUCUCUCUCGUUUUUUUUCCUGCUGCCCUGGAUGCAGUACUAACUGAUUGAACAGCUUUGUCUAGUUUCCUCUAAUGAUGAUGUCAAUGCUGGCCCUGAUAGUGUCCAGAUCUCUGCUCAGUGCAGUGUGACGAUGAGGAUUCUGCGCUUCAGAGUCGGCGAAUAUUAUUUUGCUAUUGCUGUUUUGCUAUUGUCUCAGCAAUGAGAUCUACAGAAAUGCCUCAACUAUGCAUUACAGCAAAGGGCUGUAUUAAAUAUCUACGUGUGCGGUGUAAUGUUCUUCACUCAUGAAAGUGUGACCUGCAUUCGUUAUUUAAAAACAGAACACAGCGGCAGACGUUCGUAUAAAACGCUCUCGGAUUCUUUAUGGAGUCUUGCGUGUGAGACACAGUUUAAUAAAAGGACAUGGCUCACAUGAAACCUAGACCAGCAUUGAGAGGCACAGCCUUGCAGUAGCUACAGUGCACAGGAAAGUGCAUUGCAUUAUUCAAUGUUGGUCUUGCAUGCCAUUGCUUAAAGUCCCUGGGUGUUAGCAUGAAGUUAAAGCCUACAUUAUGACAGCUUUCAAACCCUUCUGCGCCUGCUUCCAGAGUGCACAGUGGAGGAAAGAGAGAGCAACGGCUCCAAAGAGGGCUUGAAACGAAGCAGCUCUAUAAAAUGAGACUUGGCUUGAAGGGAUGUCUCAGGCAGGCUCACACUCUUCAUAGUCAUUGUGUAAAUUGCAGCCAGAACAAUACCGUGCUGUAUCUCUGGUGGUCACUGUGAUUUUGACUGUUGGGUAUCCACUUGCUAAAAUUGUCCUUCACUGCAGGUCUUUGCAUCUGCAAGGACAAACAGGGCUUUGAGAUUGAGAUGCUGCCUCUCUUGAGGAGCUAGCCUGGAUAAACACAUGAUUUAUUCAUUGCUGUGUUGACAGAGGGCACUUUAGACACCAAAAACAUACUUCUGAAGUUUGGAGUUUUGCAGUAAUAGCCCAAACAAAUAAUAUUGUGCCUGUGUAACUAUGUGUGUGUGUGUAUUUGUGUGUGUGUGUGUGUGUGUGUUUGUUUGGUCGUGCAUUAAAACUUCCCCUCCAAAAAAUAAAUAACUAAGUGUUUUUUACUUUACUUUUUUAAACAUGCAAUUCUACAACGAAACUUGUACUAGCUGGUACUACUUUUUUCAGUAAUUGCCCUGUGGUUCAUUACAAUAUGCAAGUGUAAUUACAUUGCAACUAAUGCUGCAGAGAAUGUUUCCAUAUAAAUAUGCACAAUUAUAUAAAUAAGACCGGUUAUCAAGCCAGGCCCAAAAGUGAACAACGUGGUUCUAUUUUCAAGCGAUUCGUUCUGCAUGCAACUCCCUUUCAUGACUGUUUUCAACGUGGUUUCUGUGUUGCUGGCACAUAAUUACAAUGUUAGUAUGCAUAGUUACGAUGUACUUAAUGUGAAAAUCUUUUUUGCAACCCUAACUCUAAACCUAACCCUAACCCUUUUCUGAUACAAUUGUGUACUUACAUAUGUUGUUCAAAAUGAUCAACACAUUAAGUGCAUUGUAACUAUGCAUAAUAACAUUGUAAUUAUGUGUAAGUGCACAUGCAUUUACUAAGUAACUGCUAUGUAAAAACACAGUAAUUAGAGACACAAUGUAAAGUGUUACCCACUUCACUACUGGUUUCUUUUCAUUAACUGCAAGGUCACCCUGUUGUAACUGUUAUGUUUAAUGUUGUUUCUGGCCUGGUAAGAACUGUGAAGUGUCUGAAAUGCUGGUGUAUGAUGUACAGUAUAAAUAUGAAGACUUGCAGUCUGUCUGGUAUUUUGUAAUAAAACAAAAUUGCUCCCAAUUAAUGAUUGUUUUUUUCUAUGAAACUUUUUGUAAUUUUUUAAUAAACGUGGCUGUUACAAAA